AUGUUCUCGCAUCUGCGCGCUGGGCCAAGCCGCCUCGCGCCACUCGCGCGCACCCCUCGGCAACCCCCAUCACACGCCUUGUGGCUCCGCUCGCUGCACGACACGGUCAGAGGCGCGACCCCCGAUGGGACCCCGUACAAGGUCACAUUGAAGAGUCCCAAGGUCGUGGGUAUCCACACGUCGCGCGGUGAGAGAACAUACCUCGAGGACGCGACUGCUGUUUUCGCGAUCGACGUGGACCGGGGGGAACUCCUCAACUCGCUGCCCAGAGGCACGCAGUGGUAUGGCGGCUCGGAGCCUGGCACGGAGGAGGUGGCGUUCGUUGGCAUCUUUGAUGGCCACGGCGGAACUGCCGUCUCGCAGUUCUUGCGUGACAACCUCGCGGCCAUUGUCGAAUCCGUGACCCCCGACGACAUUCCCGCCGCCGUCGAGGCGACCGAGGCUCUUGGCGGAUACUUCCGCCGCUGGAGGGGAGGUGUGUUGAACAGGUGGACAAAGUGGGCGGCUUCGGGCGCACCAGCGGAGAAGGGCACGGACCGGCUGAACCUCGACGAGCGAUUAACUCUCGCAUACUUAAAGGCCGACCACCAGAUUCAAACGGAUAUGAAGGACGGCGCGCGGCACUGCGGGUCGACCGCGUCGGUCGUUCUCAUCCAGAGCCUUGACAAGCCCUCUCAACCGCACUUUGCGAGCCAGAAGCUGCAUCUCACCAUUGCACAGGUCGGUGACACCCGCGUCUUGCUCUGCGACACGGCGCUCGGCGAGGUCUGGGCCCUCACCGACAAGCACCACGCGGAGGCGCGUGUGGAAGCCGACCGAUUGCGGCGCAUGGGCACGGACAGGCUGAUCUCGGACUCGUUCGGCGAGACGCGGUGGAUGGGCGCUAUUGAGAAUACUCGAGUCUUUGGUGAUUUUGAGUGGAAGGCGUCCGGCGUAACCGUCGAGCCAGAAGUAACGCACCGCAUCAUCGACGGCUCCGAGUACGCGUACCUCGUCUUCGUGACGGACGGCCUGACCUCACUCCUCUCGGAUCAAGAACUCGUCGACCUCGCGCGCAACUCGGCCGACCCCACGAGAGCGGCCAAGACGAUCGUGCACUUUGGCGAGGACUUGGGUGCGCAGGACAACUGCACGUGUAUUGUUGUUCCUCUCGCAGGGUGGGGCAACGUUGGCGGUGAGGACACGACCGAGACCCGUCGCGAGUACCGCCGCAGCCAGGCGAGCCGACUCAACACGCGUAUGCAGCGCAUGUGA